CCAAGAGCCACUUUCAUCGACAACUUUAAUUAUGAAUUGUCAAGAGAGUGAAGUUGAAAUGGACUGAAGGACCGAAGGGCUAUCACUUAUUUUUUCUCACUGAUACAUCCGGAAGCUCCACGGUAUAGGCUACAGGCUCCUUACUGGUCAUUCUGUCUCUUGUGGUUCCCUGUGUGUGUCCAAGAGACAGUUAAAUUAUUCAGACUUUACACAGAGCUUUUAUGAAACAGAGAAGAAUGGGUCUGAAUGACUUUAUUCAGAGGCUGGCCACUAGCAACUCCUACACCUGCAAACAUCCUGAGGUUCAGUCCAUCGUCAACUUGGCUCCCCAACAACAGGAGGCAGAACUAAUGAACGCAAACCCCUCUCCUCCUCCAAGUCCCUCCCAGCAGAUUAACCUGGGCCCGUCCUCCAACCCCACAGCCAAGCCCAGUGACUUCCACUUCCUGAAAGUGAUAGGGAAAGGCAGCUUCGGGAAGGUCCUCCUGGCCAGGCACCGAACAGACGACCAGUUCUACGCUGUUAAGGUGCUGCAGAAGAAGGCCAUCCUGAAGAAGAAAGAGGAGAAGCACAUCAUGUCAGAGAGAAACGUCCUGUUGAAGAACAUUAAACACCCCUUCCUGGUGGGACUGCACUACUCCUUCCAGACAGCUGAUAAACUCUACUUUGUACUGGACUACAUCAACGGAGGAGAGUUGUUUUACCAUCUUCAGAGGGAGCGGUGUUUCCUGGAGCCCCGGGCCAGGUUCUAUACAGCAGAGAUCGCCAGCGCCCUAGGCUACCUCCACUCUCUAAAUAUUGUGUACAGAGACCUGAAGCCUGAGAAUAUUCUACUUGACUCUCAAGGACACAUCAUACUCACAGACUUUGGCCUCUGCAAAGAGAACAUAGAACUAAACGGAACCACGUCAACAUUCUGUGGAACACCAGAGUACCUAGCUCCAGAGGUGUUACACAAGCAGCCGUAUGACAGGACGGUUGACUGGUGGUGUUUAGGAGCCGUGCUUUAUGAGAUGCUGUAUGGCCUGCCUCCAUUCUACAGCCGUAACACAGCAGAGAUGUAUGACAACAUCCUGAACAAGCCCCUGCAGCUCAAACCUAACAUCUCUAACGCUGCCAGGCACAUACUGGAGGGACUGCUGCAGAAAGACCGCACACACCGACUGGGACACAGCCACGACUUCGAGGAGAUCAAGAACCACAUGUUCUUUUCCCCCAUCAACUGGGAAGACCUCACCGCUAAGAAGCUCACCCCCCCUUUCAACCCAAACGUGACGGGCCCUAACGACCUUCGCCACUUUGACCCGGAGUUCACAGACGAGCCCGUCCCCUCAUCCAUUGGCUGUUCCCCUGACUCCUCCCUCAUCACUGCCAGCAUCAAGGAUGCAGCCGAGGCCUUCCUAGGGUUCAGCUAUGCACCCUCUAUGGACUCCUACCUAUAGACAAGAACCCUAGAGGACAUCCUAUAGACUCCUACCUAUAGACAAGAACCCUAGAGGACAUCCUAUGGACUCCUACCUAUAGACAAGAACCCUAGAGGACAUCCUAUGGACUCCUACCUAUAGACAAGAACCCUAGAGGACAUCCUGUAGACUCCUACCUAUAGACAAGAACCCUAGAGGACAUCCUGUAGACUCCUACCUAUAGACAAGAACCCUAGAGGACAUCCUGUAGACUCCUACCUAUAGACAAGAACCCUAGAGGACAUCCUGUAGACUCCUACCUAUAGACAAGAACCCUAGAGGACAUCCUGUAGACUCCUACCUAUAGACAAGAACCCUAGAGGACAUCCUAUAGACUCCUACCGAUAGACAAGAACCCUAGAGGACAUCCUAUAGACUCCUACCUAUAGACAAGAACCCUAGAGGACAUCCUAUAGACUCCUACCUAUAGACAAGAACCCUAGAGGACAUCCUAUAGACUCCUACCUAUAGACAAGAACCCUAGAGGACAUCCUAUAGACUCCUACCUAUAGACAAGAACCCUAGAGGACAUCCUAUAGACUUAUUAUAGUCUCCUAGCUAUAAACCCCUCCAUGGAUUAUUACCUAUAGGACACAUCAUAGACAUUCCUAUCAAUUUACUAACUAGGAACGACUCCCCAUACACACCUGUAGUCCCCCCCACUCAGACUCACUAAGCACAACCUCCCCAUGAUGGACUUGUACCCCUCUCACACCCCCCAAACCCUAACCCAGAGUGGACUUGUACCCCUCUCACACCCCCCAAACCCUAACCCAGAGUGGAAGUUGUUUGCACAUGGCUCAGGCAGCUUUUUG